UUAUUUUUACAUGCCGUGCUUUCUUUAGCUUAUAAACAUGUGAAUCAUUGAAUUCGGCGUGUAGCAGCGUGUUUUUUUGAGGAUAGCUUUGUCUUCCAGCAUCAGCAUCACAAACCUGCAUCCAGUGCCUUGGGACUCUCUGAUCUGAAGCCAUGAAGGUGAAGGUUAUCUCAGUGCUGGAGGAUAACUACAUGUACCUGGUUAUAGAUGAGGAGAGUAAAGAAGCCAUAGCUGUAGAUCCUGCUGUGCCUCAUCGGUUGCUUGAGAUAGUGAAAAGGGAAGGAGUGAGACUCACAGCGUUGUUAACUACUCACCAUCACUGGGACCAUGCCCGGGGUAAUGAAGCUUUGGUCAAGGAGAUGCCAGACCUACGAGUCUAUGGAGGAGAUGAUCGCAUCCCUGGACUGACCGACAAAGUCACUCAUGGCCAGGAGCUCAAGUUUAACACUAUAAAUGUGAGGUGUCUGUUCACGCCCUGCCACACCUCAGGACACAUGUGCUACUUCACAUGGGAAGAUGACUGCACUGAUUCUCCUGCUGUAUUUACUGGAGAUACACUGUUUAUAGGUGGGUGUGGGAGAUUCUUUGAAGGAACGGUGGAGCAGAUGUAUCACAACCUGACUGAAGUGCUGGGGACUCUUCCACUGGACACGAAGAUCUUCUGUGGUCAUGAGUACACCAUAAAGAACCUGAAGUUUGCCUCACUGGUGGAGCCAGAGAACGAGAAGGUGAAGGAGAUGCUCAGCUGGGCCAGGGCAAGGGAUGAUGAUGACAAACCAACAGUACCGUCAACGUUAAUGGAGGAAUUUGAAUAUAACCCCUUUCUCCGUCUAUCUGAGGAGAGCGUGCAGAAGUUCACAGGGAAAUCGGAUCCGAUCGAGGUUCUCCGUGUUCUGCGCAAAGAAAAAGACAACUUCAAGAAGCCCAAAGAGAGAGUCCUUCCACACGCCAUGCUGGCACUGGAGUGGGGUCUGCUCAGGCCGUGAACGUUCAGACAAAGCAGUGGAGCACUUUAUUAAAGGGCACAAACUAAGUUGAACUGAUGAGACCACUAAAGAAAACUAAAGAGACCACCUAAUAUGUGGACGACUAACUGGUUAAGGUGGUGUUCUGGCUGAACUGGUGUCUGUGCAGUAAUUGAACUGACCGAAACUAAGGUUAGCUUCUACAGAAUAACAGGAAAUGAUGUCAUGACUCAUAGGGCAGGGCAGGUUUUCGCAGUCUGCACUUUCGCAAACUGCAUGCAUUGCACAUUAACCAUUAAUACUGUGCAGAACGAUAAUUGUAAUUGUACGGCUAAUUUUGCAGAGAUUAAUUUUUACAAUAUUGUAAAAAAUGAGUGCACAUUACUGCACCUUUACACAUACAUUUCACAUGUACAUACUUUAUGCUUGUGUACAAUUUAUUUUUGCAGAGUUUAGAAUAUAUCAAAAUAUAAAACAAGAGCAUGAUAAAAGAAAAUAUGAAAAGAUAUUUAUUGCAUUUAUUACAUACAUUUCAAAUGCCUUAUUUAAGGUUUAGUUUAUU